UUUACGCGAUGUCUGGGCGUGGAAAAGGAGGUAAAGGUCUUGGCAAGGGAGGCGCUAAGCGUCACAGGAAGGUUCUUCGUGAUAACAUCCAGGGAAUCACAAAACCCGCUAUUCGCCGCUUGGCUCGCCGUGGUGGUGUAAAGCGUAUUUCCGGCCUGAUCUACGAGGAGACUCGCGGUGUCCUGAAGGUGUUCCUGGAGAACGUUAUUCGUGAUGCUGUUACUUACACCGAACAUGCCAAGAGGAAGACCGUUACUGCUAUGGAUGUUGUUUAUGCGCUGAAGCGUCAGGGUCGUAGAACGGCUACAGCAAGACAUCGGUCGUGUUGUAUCGUGAUGGCUCGUACCAAGCAAACCGCUCGCAAAUCUACCGGCGGCAAAGCUCCCAGGAAGCAGCUUGCCACCAAGGCUGCACGCAAAAGUGCCCCGGCUACCGGCGGCGUGAAGAAACCUCACCGCUACAGGCCCGGCACGGUGGCUCUGAGAGAGAUCCGCCGCUACCAGAAAUCCACGGAGCUGCUGAUCCGCAAGCUGCCGUUCCAGCGCCUGGUGCGAGAAAUCGCCCAGGACUUCAAGACUGAUCUUCGUUUCCAGAGCUCCGCUGUCAUGGCUCUGCAGGAGGCUAGCGAGGCUUACCUGGUUGGUCUGUUUGAAGACACCAACUUGUGCGCUAUUCACGCCAAGAGGGUGACCAUCAUGCCCAAAGACAUCCAGCUAGCCCGUCGUAUCCGGGGAGAGCGCGGGCUAUAUUUUGGUUCUUCGUUGAGUUCGAGAAUGUCUGGUCGCGGAAAGGGAGGAAAAGGUCUUGGCAAAGGAGGCGCUAAGCGCCACAGAAAGGUGCUUCGUGAUAACAUCCAGGGUAUCACGAAGCCCGCUAUUCGCCGCUUGGCUCGCCGUGGUGGCGUGAAGCGUAUCUCCGGCUUGAUCUACGAGGAGACUCGUGGUGUCCUGAAAGUGUUUCUGGAGAACGUGAUCCGUGACGCCGUUACUUACACCGAACAUGCCAAGAGGAAGACCGUCACCGCUAUGGAUGUUGUCUACGCGCUGAAGCGUCAGGGUCGUACUCUGUACGGUUUCGGAGGCUAAAACUUUCAUCCGCUGAGGGAACAAGUAAAAACCAAAGGCUCUUUUAAGAGCCACCCACAUAACACUGAAAAGAGCUGUCAAAUUCACCAUUUUCUGAGCACUUCAGAGAUGUUUCUACAAUGUCCUGAGAUGUGUCUUUGUAAGACGGUUCUUCCCAUAAAGAAUACCCCAGGGGAGCACUCCUAACGGCGGUGUUACGCUUCUUGUUUAUACACCGUUUUACGUUUAAGCCUGUGUUGGGCCCUUUAACUCGCGUCUUAUAGGUCAAGUCAGUUCGCGCUGAGAUCAAGUGAUUCGGUUGUAGCUCCGGCACAGGGGUGUUUGUCAGCUUCCAGUGACUGAAGUACGAUUGCCUAGUGCUUCAAGCCCGAUCUGCGUUUUUUGAGCUCCGCUAUCACGGCUUUGCAGGAGACAAGCGCUGCUUACGUGGUCGGUCUGUUUGAGAACGCCAACUUGUGCGCUACUCGCGCCAAGAGGGUGACUAUCACGCCCGAAGACAUUCACCUGGCUCCUUUUAGCCGCAGAGAGCGCGCUAGAAGUUCCCGCUGUAGACACUCAUCACAAAACCCAAUAGCUCUUGUAAGAGCUGUUUCAAUUCAGUUUCA